AUGGGAAUUUUAUCCUUUGUCACAGCCAUCUGCAUACUAAAUCUUCAUUCACUGGCAAUACUUGCAAAUGAUUACCCUAAAAAAAGUAGUUUAGAAACGUACAUCGUUCAUGUUGAAGCACCUGAUGGCCAAAGUUUUACUCAAUCAGUAGAUCUAGACAUUUGGUAUCAGUCAUUUUUGUCAACAGCAACGUCUAGCUCAGGUGAGGGACCAGAGAUUGUUUAUUCGUACCAUUUUGCGUUCAAAGGUUUUGCUGCUAGAUUAUCGCCAGAUGAUGUAAAGGCCCUGGAAAAGAAGGAGGGUUUCAUAUCAGCGCAUCCAGAAGAAAAAUAUUCUUUGCAUACAACUCAUAGUCCAAAUUUCUUGAUGAUUUUACUGAACACCAUACAUCACUUCGUCUAG